CAUGAGAUUCAUCUUAAACGCCAGUUUCGACAAUUGGAUUACCUCAUUGGGAUGGUCGGUGAAACAAGACUUCACUGGAACUCAAGUCUAAUGGGGGCUUAAACUAUAAGACCUAUUUUACAAAAACGUGCUAAAGUGCAGACCAAUCAGCUGACGAUAUGGAAAUAGGUAGAUACUGCUGAACAUAUGGACAAAGCAGAAGCUUUCCUGAGUGACCUACUUCUGAAACCAAGCCAUGGGGUGUGAUGAAUCCAAACCCAAGAUGGACACAUCGGAGUCGAUGUUCUCCGAUAUUAAAGGAAGGAGCGAGGAAAACGGGGACAAACCACGUGGGAAAAACUACUACACCAACCCCCCAGUUAAUCUACCACAGCCUGGGGAGAACUCUGAUGCUGAGGGAGGCAGUGGCGGAGGGAAACGUGUUUUCGCGCUUUAUGACUAUGAUGCCCGAACACAAGAUGACCUCACAUUCCGGAAAGGCGACGUUCUCGAACUUAUAGAGUGCAGAACUGACGACAAUGAGGACUGGUGCUUCGCGCGACAUAUAUAUCCAAAAUAUAACAAUCUCCAGAAGGAGGGUUACGUGCCACGGACCUAUGUUGCAUUGGAGGAAAGUCUAGAGUCACAUGACUGGUUUUUCGGACGGGUGACACGUAAGGAGGCAGAGAGAAACUUGUUGACGAAGGACAACCCUGUUGGAGCUUUCCUUGUACGGGAGAGCGAGAGUUGUCCGGGGAGCUAUGCGUUGUCCAUUCGAGACUAUGACCAAAACAUGGCCAAUCCGGAUUGCGCCAAACAUUACAAGCUUCGCAACAUGGAUGGAGGCGGAGUGUACAUUGUCAAAAGACGACAGUUCAAGAGUAUGAUGGAACUUGUGGACCACUAUAAAGUGCAAGCGGAUGGUAUAUGCGGGUCACUGGUAGCACCGUGCUCUCGAGCUGCCCCGGUAAUGGUCGAUUUGAGUCGGGACACUAAGGACGCGUGGGAGAUUGACAGGAACUCGCUCCAGCUGUCACAGAGGCUUGGAGCUGGUCAGUUCGGGGAGGUCUGGAAAGGAAUAUGGAACAACACAACAGAUGUCGCUAUAAAAACUCUAAAGGCAGGCACAAUGAAAAAGGAGGCCUUUCUUGCCGAGGCCCAGAUUAUGAAGCAGUGUCGCCAUGACAAACUUGUGCGUCUGUACGCCAUUUGCUCGAAGGAGGAGCCGAUUUACAUUGUGACUGAGCUCCUCAAUGACAGUCUGCUAAACUACCUGCGGGAAGGAGAAGGACGAUACAUAGAAUUCCCCGAUAUGGUGGACUACGCAGAACAGAUUGCUGCAGGAAUGUCUUAUCUGGAAAGGAAUAAGCUUAUCCAUAGAGAUUUAGCAGCAAGAAAUGUCCUUGUUGGUGCAAAUGGUAUUUGCAAAAUUGCCGACUUUGGUCUUGCGCGGAUAAUUGAGGAUGACGAAUACAAUCCUAAACAUGGAUUUAAGUUCCCGGUCAAGUGGACGGCCCCAGAGGCGGCUAAUUACAUGCGUUUCACGAUAAAGUCAGACGUGUGGUCAUACGGCAUUCUGCUCACGGAAAUUACAACACAUGGACAAGUACCAUACCCAGGCAUGACUAACAAAGAAGUUCUACAACACAUCGCCUACGGCUACCGCAUGCCUAAACCGCUGGAAUGCUCCGACGCCAUGUACGAAAUAAUGCUCAAGUGCUGGGAUAAACGUGAGGAAAAUCGACCAACUUUUGAAUUCAUGGAGUUCUUCUUCGAUGACUAUUUUGCCAAUACAGAACUCGAAAUAUAAUAAGUAAUCAGUUGAAUAAUCAGAUAUGUGACUGAUAUUGCUUCACACAAUUUGAACAGUUAUGAUUAAAUUUAUGCAGCAUGUUACGAUGUAAUCUCAAUUUGGUUCAGUGCGUUAUUUUAUUGCUGGCUAUUUUGACUAUGCUUUUUGGUGCAAAAAUAAUUAUUUAUGUCGGGAAUAUUUAACAUAUAUGAAAUUAUUUUUGGAUUUGCCAUGAAAUAAAUCUCAACUCUAUAUUCAAUGUCUUAUAUAGAAAAGUUUGAAAUUAUGUAAAUAAAUGUAGCAUGUUUAAUCGAAAAUGAAGUAUUUUUAUCAUUUUAGCCAGAUUUGAAAAAAAAGAGGCAGGUCAAUGCAGAAAAGGGACAGGGUGCUUAUGCAUUGUAUAUUUGUGUUAAGGACUUACAUAUUAUAAAUAUGACAAAAUUUGUUAGAAAAGUGUUUUAUUAAAGUAGUUUUAGGUUUGUUUGUAUUUAUAAUCAUAUAGUUAGCUUAAAAAAACAAAUGCAAUAUUUGGUUAUCUAUAGCAUUUAUUUCUAAGAAGCAGAACAGUAUACAUGCUGGUCUCCAUUGGGGAAAGGGAGUGCUACCAAAAAGGGCAGGGUGCAACACUCUUCAAUAAAUAAUUAAGCUUAAAGACUGCAUUUGCUAGGAUUUAGUUGUCCAUAAAUUGUCUAAGAAAUAGUUAGCAAUGUAUACAAAAUAAUCAUGAUGUUUGACAGCAGUUUUACGUUUGAUUUUUGAUUUACUGAUAAGCAGUUAUAAGUAAAAAUGUUUUCAUUUGCAUGUGCUGUAUGCUAAGGAUCUUACAAUGAACAUUUCUAAUGGAUUCUUUCUCUUUCACAAAGUACCCAUUACAACAUGCAAGUGUUCAUUUAUAUAUUGUUGCAUUUCUCUGUUAUUGAUGCAUUCCAUGUUUUCAAUUGUACAUAUAGAUAUACUCUUUUCUUUUUAUAUAUCAUUAA